AUGGCCUUCAUGCAAAGGGAGCUUCCUUCGCUUGAGUUCAGAAAUUAUCCUCGUCGACCUAGAGGCUUGCCAUGGCAACAUGACUUGUUUGAAGACAGUCUUAGGGCAGCAGGGAUUUCAGGGGUAGAAGUUGGCACAAAACUAUAUGUUUCCAACUUGGAUCGUGGAGUGACAAAUGAAGAUAUAAGGGAACUCUUUGCUGAGAUUGGAGAACUUAAAAGAUAUGCUGUUCAUUACGACAAAAAUGGCCGCCCAAGUGGCUCUGCUGAAGUAGUUUAUCUGAGAAGAAGUGAUGCAUUUUUAGCUCUCAAGCGGUAUAAUAACGUGCUGUUGGAUGGGAAGCCAAUGAAGAUUGAAAUUGUGGGUGCCAAUUCAGAUGUGCCUGUUUCUGCUCAUGUCAAUGUGACUGGGAUGAACGGGAGGAAGAAGAGGACAGUUGUUAUGCCAGGAAUGCGCCAAGGAAGAGGCCGUGUUCCAAUUGCUCGGGGUCCUGGUCAGAACCGUCGUGGAGGUGUGAGAGAUGUCCGUGGGCGUGCAGGGGGCCGUGGCCAGGGUCGGGGCCGGGGUCGGGGCCGUUUCCGGGCCCUUGGAAAGAAGAAACCUGUUGAGAAGUCAGCAGAUGAGCUUGAUAAGGAACUCGAAAACUAUCAUGCUGAAGCCAUGAACACUUCCUAAGUUUGAAGGCCUUGUGAACAGAAGCUUGCUAGUAUUAGUUGUUGUUUUCUUGGUAAAGGCUGGUAUCUGGUAAUUUUAGCAGUUGUUGCGUGCAAAAAGGAUAGUCAAAUUUUAACGAUGAUCCACUCUCAUGUCCACUUGCGUAGUUAGGUAUAGAGAUUUAGUGUAAAAUUAAAUGAAGCUGUCUACUAUUUUUGGGAGCUUGGAUUUCUGAUCUUAAAUUUGUUCAUUAUUUAUCAUGGUCAUAUUUUCCAAAA